AUGGCUCCGGUGCCCGUCAUCACGUUGCCCAAAGCCGCAGAGGCCGAGCACUUCGUGAUCCACUCGGACGUCGGGACGCCAUCCGCCUCCGUGCCGGGCCUCCAAAGGCAGUGUCGUCGGGACAACCUGAGCCGAAGGAAGCCGUCGCCGACCUCUCGGGGGCCACAGCGGCAACAAAGCUCGGACGUUCCGGAGCUGGAGUCCGCUGCUUCAGCUGCUGAGCCCGACUCCGCCAGGGCGUCUCCCACCUCCCAGCUGCGGCGCGAGAACGACGUGCUGCGUAUGCAGGUGCAGGCGCUGCGGGAGGUCCAGGAACAGACAGCGGAGCUCCAUUGGCAGGUCAUCUCAGACAUUGUGGCGGAGCGGAACCUCUUCGAGACGCGCUGGCGUGAGGCAGUGGCUGCCGAAGCUAAGGCUUCCACACCGGUGUGCAGGAGGACCACCCCAGCUGUGACGACCACACCGGCUGUGACGACCUCCCGCGCGUUGGCUUCGACCGUCGUGGAGGCGCCGCAAGCUGUCUCCGCUCCGAGGCCCGUGCCGGCGCCCGUGCCGGCGCCUGUGCCCGCGCGGAUGUACACGCUCACUCCGAGUCUUUGCCGCAGGGUUUGGCAGCGCCCGGUCGUGGACCGCCUCCUCAGGUCACCGACUCCUGUGACCAGCUACACACUACGACCCAGCUCUUUGUGGACCUGCGUCGGCGCAGCUGUUCCUUCGGAUGGUCGGAGAUCUCCGGUUCCCUCUCAGGUGGUCCCGGCGAGGGUGGCAUCCGUGGAGCACCAUCCUUCAGUCAUCCGCAGCACAGUCCGCCUCCGCAGCGCGCCUGUCGUGAGCCAGCAGCCCGUGGCAAAGGAGCCUGUGCCAGAGGUGGCCACCACGGCCGUGGUGGCCACGAAGCCCCUGGAGGCCAGCAGCGUCCUAGCACUGCCAACUCCGUGCCGGCAAGGAGGACGUGCACGCAGCAAGGACAAGGAGGCGCUGGGAAGCUCUUGCUCGACGCAGGACAGGCGGCGAUGCUCUCGCUGUGGCUUCGAAGAGCCGAGCAGUGGAGGCUGCUGCGCACCACCGGCCUGA